AUGAUGAAGAGUCUGGUGGGGAUCAUGUGGAUAGUGUUGGUGCUCAUAUCAGGAUGCUCAGGAAAUCCAGACGCGAAGCGACUGUACGACGACCUCCUGUCGAAUUACAACAAGCUGGUUCGUCCAGUGGUCAACGUCACAGACGCCCUCACCGUUAAAAUCAAGCUCAAACUCUCCCAGUUGAUCGAUGUAAACCUGAAGAAUCAAAUCAUGACGACGAACCUGUGGGUCGAACAGUCGUGGUACGAUUACAAGUUAAAAUGGGAUCCGAAAGAAUAUGGUGGGGUGGAGAUGCUGCACGUGCCAUCCGAUCAUAUAUGGAGGCCCGAUAUAGUUUUGUACAACAACGCCGACGGCAAUUUCGAGGUGACGCUGGCAACGAAGGCGACGCUGAAUUACACAGGGAGGGUCGAGUGGAAGCCACCGGCGAUAUACAAGUCUUCCUGCGAGAUCGACGUCGAAUAUUUUCCUUUCGACGAGCAGACGUGCGUCAUGAAGUUCGGCUCGUGGACUUACGAUGGCUUCCAGGUCGAUCUUAGGCACAUCGACGAGAUCCGCGGCAGCAAUGUCGUCGACAUCGGUGUCGAUUUGUCGGAGUUUUACACUUCCGUCGAGUGGGACAUCCUCGAAGUCCCAGCCGUGAGAAAUGAAAAAUUUUACACGUGCUGCGACGAGCCUUACCUCGACAUCACGUUCAACAUCACCAUGAGACGGAAGACUCUAUUUUACACCGUCAACCUUAUAAUACCGUGCAUGGGUAUCUCGUUUCUCACUGUGUUGGUCUUCUAUCUGCCAAGCGACAGUGGCGAGAAGGUCAGCCUUUCAAUUUCGAUUUUACUGUCGCUGACUGUGUUCUUCCUCCUGCUGGCCGAAAUCAUCCCGCCCACGUCGCUCGUGGUACCGCUUCUCGGUAAAUUCGUCCUUUUCACCAUGAUCCUAGACACCUUCAGUAUAUGCGUAACCGUGGUAGUCCUCAAUGUUCACUUCCGGUCGCCACAGACGCACGUGAUGGCGCCGUGGGUCCGUCGUGUUUUUAUCCAUGUUCUGCCGAGACUGCUGGUGAUGCGCAGGUAUAAUACGUCUUCGAAGAGAACCGAUUACGAUUCCAGGCCGCAGUACCAGAUAGACAAACGUAGCAUGGCCGGCCAUCAUGGUCAACGUGUGAUGGUCAGAACGUGCAACGGUCUCGAAUUACGGGAUCCAUCUUUGUUCGUAGAGACUUCGGCGUCGGAGCUGGUUGAGUCCUCCGUUUUGUUCCCGAGUCUCGAUUCGCGGGACGAAUUACACCCUCGGGAAUUGGAAGCGGUGAAUUUGGGAAGCGCAUGCCGCAUUCAUGGGUCCCCAGCGGCCACGGCUGCACCACCACCGCAGCUCCCGACUGAGGAGAGCGUGGACGCUCUCUGUAACACGCUUCAUCAUUGGCAUCACUGCCCAGAACUGUACAAGGCCAUCGAAGGCAUUCGUUUCAUUGCCGACCAUACAAAGAGAGAAGAGGACUCAACUAGAGUCAAAGAAGAUUGGAAGUACGUCGCGAUGGUACUCGACAGGCUAUUCCUGUGGAUUUUUACAUUAGCCGUGGUCGUCGGUACGGCCGGUAUCAUUCUUCAGGCGCCGACGCUGUACGACGAUCGUAUCCCAAUCGAUGUGCGACUAUCCGAGAUCGCAUCCACCACUGCCAAGCCACACAUCGUCACGAGCCUCUGAGAGACAAUUGUUAAUUUUGUUCGUCACAUCCACG